UAAUAUGCCUUAAACCGGAAGCCGGAAGUGGUAAUCCAGAAGCUAACAGCAGCAGCCGCAGCUUUGAACCAUUCAAGAAGCUAAGAAAGCUAAGAAGCUAGCACUUUUAAGGUUCUUGAAAACAUUGUUCUCGUAUUAGUCCUGAAAAGACAUGGCUGCGGAUUGGUUGGGUAGUUUGGUGUCAAUUAACUGUGGACCAACACUGGGCGUCUAUCAAGGAGAGGUGUCAUCUGUGGACCAGUGCAGCCAAACCAUCUCUCUCAGACAACCUUUCCAUAAUGGAGUCAAGUGCCCUGUUCCCGAGGUCACAUUCAGUGCCAUUGACAUAAAGGAGCUGAAGAUAUUAGAUAUCAGAAAUGGCAACACGAGGAAUAGCUCUUUGGCAUCUACAAAAGUAAGCAGCAAUCCAGUUGCAGUCCCAAAGGGCGACCCCAGGUCCUUGGAGAAAGUAAACUCUCCUCAGCACUGCUCCAAAAGCUACGGAGACCGUCACCUGGAUGUUCCCGGUCAGCCUAAAGGAUUUCGUCGAAGACAUAACUCAUGGUCAUCCAGUAGUCGAGGGGCAAACCAAGCCACACCAAAAAAGAAUGGAGUGAAGAACGGUGGCAGCCAAAUGAAGCACAGAGACGAUGAGUGUUUUGGGGAUGGUAUGGAUGAUGGCCUGGAUACAGACUUUGAUUUUGAAGGAAACUUGGCUCUUUUUGACAAAGCAGCAGUUUUCUCAGAGAUCGACACAUCAGAGCGCCGUAAUGGUGCCAGGUCACGUGGUACUCCACAAGAACAGCCACCUUCACGGUACCGUCACGAUGAAAACAUCCUGGAGGCCAAACCAAUUGUGUACAGACAGAUCACUGUACCGCAGCCAGGGGCCAAAGAAUACUGCACUGACUCUGGACUUGUUGUGCCCAGUAUAUCCUAUGAACUACACAAGCGACUGUUGUCGGUCGCAGAACGUUACGGCCUCUCUCUGGAGCGGAGACUUGAGAUGACAGGAGUGUGUGCCAGUCAGAUGGCACUAACAUUGCUGGGUGGGCCCAACAGAUUCACUCCAAAAAAUUUACACCAGCGUCCCACAGUGGCGCUGUUGUGUGGCCCUCAUGUUCAGGGGGCUCAGGGCAUCAGCUGUGGUCGUCACCUGGCCAAUCAUGAAGUGGAGGUCAUCCUGUUUCUACCCAAUUUUGUCAAGAUGCUCGACUCAGUCACCAGCGAGCUCACACUCUUUAACAAGACUGGGGGCAAACAGGUGUCAAGUAUCAAAGACCUUCCAGACACCCCAGUGGACCUAAUCAUUAACUGCCUGGACUGCCAUGAGAACACAUUCCUGAUGGAUCAGCCUUGGUACCGAGCAGCUGCAGACUGGGCAAACCAGAACCGAGCACCAGUGCUCAGCAUAGACCCUCCUGUAAUUGGACAGGGGCAGGCAGUCGAGGCCAAGUGGUCCCUCUCUCUUUGCCUCCCUCUUCCCCUGGCAGAGGGGGCUGGCAGGGUUUACCUGUGUGACAUAGGUAUCCCUCGCCAGGUGUUCCAGGAAGUGGGAAUUAAGUACCUUUCUCCUUUUGGGUGCAAAUUUGUCAUCCCCUUGCAUUCUGCAUGAUGGGACUAAUGGUCAUUGUGACAGAUUUAAUCUUUCACCGUCCGUGACCAUUUGGGUUUUGGCGCCUUACAUUCGAAAGCUUCAACUGUUUUACAGCUUAUCCAUUAAGUUUCUAACUCAUCAACAUGAGAAUGUGACUUUUCCCUCAUACUGAAGGACCAUUGUUUGGUACAUUAGUUUUACAAGGACUAAGUGCAUAUGGAUGGGAUAGGAAAAGAUUUCAAAUCUAGGUUUUUAGUGAAAAAACUAAUGUCAACACCAUUAGAGGUUUGAGGAGAGUAAUUAUGUAGAUACCACUGUGUUUACAUGAUAUUAUAAGAUAUUUAGAAGACGCGUUAUUCAAAAAUACAUCUGGAAUAUUAUGACUUGGUGUUAAAUUGAAUAGGACAAUCUCUAUUUUUUGAAUGUCACUGUAAUCUAACCUCAAUCCAAAGCCAUCUGGAUCCACCAUAUAAUACACGCGAAUACAUUGUUAUUACAUUAAGCUGGAUGAGACAACAGAAAUCCAACUUGCAUAGUUAUUAUUGCUAAUGGCCUUGCUCAUUGCAUGCCAUUCAUUGCAGCACUCAGUUACUGUUGUCUAAUGUUUUGUUAGGAUAGCUUUCAUAUUUUGAAAUUGUAAUAUUCACGAGGAAUUCCAUCUAAGCAAAUGUGGAAGAUGUGAUUUAUAUUAAUAAUGCUGUGUUUUCAGACUAGACCAGUGUUGACUGGGGCAGCUACUGGAGAGAAUCCAGAUAUCGCCAGUUUUGUUUGUUCUUGUUAAAUUAAGCAGUGAUGAUAAGGGCUCUGAUAAGAUGACACAGCAUGUAAAACCUCUCAUCUUGCCUUUUAGUUAUGAUAUGAGGAAGAAAAACAGAAUUUUGGUACAGUUGUAUCAGUUAAAGGACCAUACAAGUUUGUCUGCAAGUUUCAGCUCCUUAACUUAAAAUCAUUUAUAUUUAACAUUUGUGCUGAUCAUUUUCAAUUGCAGGCUGUACAGCUUAAAUUUUUACGUAUUGUCCUACAAUUCUGCAAUGAUUGGUUUCCAUUUAUUACUGUGCUGUAAAAAAAUUAAUUAGCAGACUCUAAACCUCAUAAGUCAUAUUGUGUAAUACUUCACAGUAAAUAUCAAGUUUCUGUUUUUGCUAAUGAUGUAUUAUUGUUGCUUGGUAAAACAGAUUAAGCACAGUUUGACUUCAGAUGUCUGCACUGCAUUACACUGACAAGCAUUAAUGCACACUUGAUAUUACACAACUCAAGCUUGUUUCAAGAGUGUGGCAAUAGAUUUUUUUAUAUAUAUAUUGUACAAUAAUGAAUAGAAACCAGUGGAUGCUUGGAAAGGUUGACAAAAUAUAAUGUCUAGAAGUAGAAUGGUCUGCAAAAUGGUUAGUUACGGUGAGAAAUCAAAGUGAUUAGUAAUAAAUGUGCUAACACAUGCAAAACCACCAGAAUGGCCCUUUAAGUUUCAAACCAAGCGAUUGAAUUUCAAUCUUACAGGUUUGAAUGUCCACGGUUUGUUGGUUGACAAAACGAGUAGUGUUUUCUAAAGGAUAAAUGAUGUUUAUGUGGGAUACAAGUGCAUUUUGAGUGAAUCUAAACUCAGAAAAAAAGAUCAAGAUGCAACUUCCUGCUCUGAGUACACUCUGUGAACCAAUUAGAUUGGAUGUUUGUGAUGAGAAAUUGUUUAAAAAGAGUUGCUUUUCAGUUUCCCCUUCCCCCUUUUGAUUUCACAGAGUAUGCCUGUUGAUGUAUUUGACCGUUACUGGUAUUGACCAUGGUUGCAGAGCAUACUGUGAAAUAUGUCCAAAAACAAAGAAGAGCUCAUUGUUUCGUGCUGCUUUUUGAGGCCUUGAUGGAGGAGUUUAUGGAGGUUCUACUGCCAGAUAUUUUUGACAACGAAGGUCACACCUUUUGCUGGUUCUUUAACCACAUUGAAAAUUUGAUAUGUGUCCAGAACUGAAGCAAUCGUGUUUAUAGACCUUUUAUUGGACAUACGUCUUGUGCACAUCAAUAUUUCCUUAAUACAGAGUUGAAUCUUGUGUUAUUAAGGUCAUUGCAAUUUAGAAAAGGCUGAAUUUAUGCAGUCUAUACAUGUAGAGGUUACAAAUCAAGUAAUCUUUGUGAUAUGUUGCUUGGUGUGGUGUUAUUUUCCACACAUGAACUUGUUAAGUGUAACAUCUCAGGAGGAUUAAAAACAGUCAUGUUAUAUUUGUUGUGUGCUUUCUCUGUGCACACUUGCUAGUCUGCACAAAGUUCAAGCGCUCAUUCUGUGAAAAUUACUUUCAUGCACAGAGGUUUUGUCCUUUUUCCAACAUUCCACUGGCCUGAUGUGUUAUGUCACAUCUGUUGAGACAAGUCUGGCUCGGAAACAUCAGCCAGUGUUACUGAAUGUGAACGGAGAAUGAGUUUUGUUUAUCUUUGGCCGCCAGGGGGCCAUGAAACCACACUGUCAGUGGCUCUUCCUUAUUCUGCUGUAAUGGCAGCUUUAUGUACUUAAAUACUAUUUCCUUAUGGUGUUAUUUCUCUACAAAAUGUGAACAGUCAGAAAACACGAGGUGAUGAACGCAUACCUGUUCUAAAGACAAAAUAUUUCAGAGCAGGUUGAUCAAAUUAGUUUACAUGUUCUAAACUCUCAGAUCUGCUAUGGUUGUGUGUCAAUAGCUAGUGGCAAGUUUUGUUUAGACAGGACUAAAGUUUCACUUUGGGACAGUUCACUGUCAAGGUUCUUGUGCAAAAUACUGUGCAGUCCUCAUGUGUCAUGUCUACAGAUUACAUUAAUAAAAAGAACUUUCACUACUG